UUUGAAGAGCUUGAAGUAUCUAUUCUUGGUGUUUACAAGCAUAUUUGGGAAAAAUGUGCGAUCUCAUUGAAGCAGGCGACCAAGUAUACUUUGGAACGCGAUGCCCCAAGGACUAUUCAACUGCGAUUCGACAUUGUUGGUCAGUGGAAAGCUGCCGGUGUCAACUUUCAAGAAAAUUGCGUGUUUGUUGAUGAAGCAGGCUUUCACUCACAGUUAAUGAGAGGCCGUGCAUGGUCAAGA